AUGAACAUCGCCAGCACAGCCGGACGUGUACUUCUCCUGGAAAAUAUUACCCGUUUCUGGCCAGUCAUUCAGGUCAAGAUAAAGCGAUGUCAGCAGGGUGGUAUUGACACGCGUGUGCGGGGCCUCGAGAUCCUGGGGCCCAAGCCAACUUUCUGGCCCGUGUUUAAAGAACAACUUUGUAGAAGAACCUUCUUAUUCUACACCAGUAGAGCACAUAGCUGGGGGCAGGAGAUCCGUGACAAGAAAGAGAACCUGCUUCAGCUCUUCAGCCGGCUAAACCGGGCAUUGUCACUUGAGCAGGAGUUUGCAGACCGUUUUCUUCCGGAUGACGAGGCAGCUCAGGCUCUGGGCCGAACAUGCUGGGAGGCACUGAUCUCUCCCCUGGUGCAGAAUAUUACCACCCCAGAUUCUGGAGGCGUGAGUCCCCUUGGGUGGCUGCUCACACAUUACUUAGAGAACAGUCAAGUAUCCCGGCGACCCAAGUCACGAUUGUCGGUCUUCAAUUCCCGAGUGCGGAGAUUGACCCAUCUCCUGGUCCAUGUGGACACCAACCCACCUGACACCACUGUACUGAAACCACCCAGUAAAACUAAUGACAAGAACCGCAGCGCCACCAGUGAACCAGUGAGCACCUCCAAUGGUGGGAUUGGAAGUAUAGCCGAGAUGGCUCAGUGCUGGCAGGGCGUGGUUCAGCAGCAGGUGCAACGAUUUCUGGAGAUAUCAUGGAAUGACGUGGAUCUGGUACCUCGUUUCUGUUCCAUGUACAUGGCUCUCAGACGAGCCAUGGAGGAGAUGUUUGGUCAGCAAACGAGGUUUUUACUCGCUUUACAACACGGAUUCUGCCAAGGCCUGUUACAGCUUUCAUACCUGACCGCAUUACAUGUGACGGAGCAGUUUGCUCGGUACAUUGAUCAAAGGAUAAUUGCUAUGCGUUCGGAUUCUUCAAAUUUCCAGUCAAUGGAGCAGCUGCAACAGUUCCUGGAAUGUGUUCUUUUCCUGUCAGAUCUCGAACUGUCCAAUUCCUUUGAACAUUUUUACAGGCAUUAUCUGGCUGACCGUCUGCUCACACUUGGACCGUGCUGGCUGGAGCAUUCUGUGGUGGAUCACAUUGGCGUUUGUUUCCCAAACCGGUAUCCUCAACAAAUGUUGAAAAACCUGCAGGAGGCAAAAGGUCUUCAGAGAGAAGAACAUCUCUAUCGGCUGCAGCAUCUGGACAAUGGAGUCCUAUCGGAGGAGGAGGACGAGGAGGAAGAGGGGGAUGGAGAUGGAAGAAAGCUUCGAGCCCCAGGGUUAUACUGGGCAAGAUGAAGUGCAGAUCUCUGUUCUCUCCCCGCGUUGUUGGUCUAUAUCUGCUCUUUGUUACAUGAUGGAUCCCUCCAGAAAUUUCCCACAAUCCCUCAGCAAUCGUCUGCUUCAAUUCACUGACUUCUAUAUGAAGAGUCAGUAUAAUCCAGUCUCCUCUCCUAUUGUUCAGUCACGACGGCUGCAGUGGACUUGGUUGGGAAACGCAGAGGUGCAAUAUGGCAGUCUGAUCCUCCGGGUCUCCACCCUGCAGAUGUUCAUAUUGCUGCAGUUUAACCACCAGGAGGAAGUUUUGGAGGAAACAAUUAUUAAGAUCACUGAGCUGCCAGAGGCUUUAGUGACCCAUGCUCUGGCACCACUCACUACCAAAGGUAGCAUCUUGAUGCACAAGAAAAAGGGUGAGUACAGUCCAAGACAUUCUGUCUUCUGUCUCCUACCUACUUACACCUCUGUCUCUUCUGCCUGCACUCACCUCUACAUCUCCUCACUUCCCACGCCCACCUCUGCCACUCCCUUU